GCCCGGAAUCCAUCUCCCCACGUCUUCGCCUCCAAAAGUCGCCUCUUCUCACAUGUAAUCCCCGGUGAUCUGUAUAUCUGAGGUGUCGCACCACCUUUGCCCUCAAUUUUGCUGGCUAUGUGGCGAGAUUGAUCGAGAUGCCUGAAGGGGAAGACAGAGUGAGCAAGGGCGAUUAUUCAUUCGGUCCGAUCCGAAGAGGCGACCCCAGUCGGUUCCAUGGUACUGUUUCCCACCGUUGGGUCACUAAGUACUGUAUAGUCAGGCAUCGAUCUGAUAGAUGUUGUGGACUUGACUUGACCACCAUUGGUAUUUCCCUGGUACCUCGUUUACUUUUUACCUCCUUGUCUCCGGUGACAAAGUACUAUUUUCACACUGCAAGAAAAAGAAAAAGCUAAGCAGACGAAUUGUUUGUUGAUAGGUUGUCGGCAAUUCUCCAUCCAGCGUUCGGUCAGCAAUGAACAUUUCCCACUCGACACCGCGGGCGAAGCACCAAGUAAGUCGCCGAUUCCCUGCA